AAUGAAAGUACGGAGUAUUUAACAGGCAAACAACUCGAUUGUCAUCAAAGAAGGUACUAGCAACGGUAACGACUGCUGAGGAGGAAAGCUUGGACGUGGAGGCCGUACUAAAAGAGUUCUUAUUUAAUAUUUAAUAAUAAAUAGAACGUCAAACUUAAUUUUACUUUGUUUUCGGGCUUGAAUCCAAGGAAAAACCUUCCAAAAGAACAAUGGUGCAAACCCGUAGCAACGCAAACCAAGUCACUGGAAAUCCCCCUCAGGUCGAGAGUAGUGCCAGCGGAGGUAGGCAUCCUCCCAUUAGUGUGAUGGAGGUGGAGGCCCUCAUCCAGCGGUUCGGGAUUACUGCUGAGCAACUCAAGAAGGGAGAGAAGGAGCGGCGUAAGGCGAUCGAAGACAAGGAGGCGAUCGAGUUGUGGAGGAUGUAUGAUCGCCUGGAGAAGCGGGUGGACGCCCAAAACCCGCACCGCCAGGCGGUCUUCAGUGAGGUAACCCCCUUCUCCAGAAGGGUGAUGUCUUGUCCUCUCCCGGACAACUUCAAGACCCCACAGAUCAAGGCGUACAAUGGGACGACCGAUCCCCAAGACCAUCUCGUUCGCUUCGGGGCGAACGUGGUUAUGUACGCCUACCCCGAAGAGAUCAAAUGCCGAAGCUUCCUAGAAACGCUGGAAGGGCAGGCAUGCGAGUGGUUCCAUAAGUUGCCCAAAGGAUCGAUUGACAAGUGGAGCGACCUGGCCCACAAAUUCCUGGAGCACUUUGUGUCCAGCCAAAGACAGAAGCUCCCCUUCUCACACUUGCUUAACGUGAAGAUCCGGAAGGGGAAGCAGCUCCGGGAAUUCAUCAAUAGAUGGGAGAAGGAAGCUAGGGACGUCCAAGGGGCGGAUGACUAGGCCUUGAUUGCGAUGCUCGAGGCGGCACUCCCCCAAGGGGAUGUGCGCAAGGAGCUGCGACGAAAUCUACUCCCCACCUAUCAAGAAAUGCUAGCCAGAGCGAAAUACUUGGCGAUGGAGGAAGAAGAUGACGAGCCGCCCGUCCAGAAGGAGAAGAAAAGCGGAUAGCCCGC